GGACAGGCGGCUCAGCGGAGGCGGAACGGGCGCUGCGGCAGGAGGGAAGAUGGCGGACGAAGAGAAGCUGCCGUCCGGCUGGGAGAAGCGCAUGAGCCGCAGCUCAGGCCGUGUAUACUACUUUAACCAUAUCACCAACGCCAGCCAGUGGGAGCGGCCCAGCGGCACCAGUGGCGGUGGCAGCAGCAGCAAAAAUGGGCAGGGGGAGCCUGCCAGGGUCCGGUGCUCGCACCUGCUGGUCAAGCACAGCCAGUCCAGGCGGCCCUCAUCCUGGCGACAGGAGAAGAUCACCCGGACCAAGGAGGAGGCCCUGGAACUGAUCAAUGGCUACAUCCAGAAGAUCAAGUCAGGAGAGGAAAACUUUGAGUCUCUGGCCUCACAGUUCAGCGACUGCAGCUCGGCCAAGGCCAGGGGAGACCUGGGUGCCUUCAGCAGAGGUCAGAUGCAGAAACCAUUUGAAGAUGCCUCAUUUGCGCUGCGGACAGGGGAGAUGAGCGGGCCAGUGUUCACGGACUCGGGAAUCCACAUCAUCCUGCGCACGGAGUGAGGCCGCAUGGCCGCCGCCGCCAUAUUUAUUGUCCCAGAAAGGCCGGGGAGGGGCUCAGAGACUGGAACUCUGGUCUCUGUUCCCUGUGCUCCCACAGUCAGGGCGGCCCCUCCAGACACCUCAACUUCAGAAGAGUCGUGGGGGGAAGGCCCCAGGCCCAGAAGCGGGCACCAGGGCUCGUCCAGUUGCAAAUGCCAACGGUUGCACAGUGCCCAGACCAGCUGGCCAUGGGCCCAGGGGCAAUAGCCAGGCCGCAGUAACCUUUGCCUCCUCCAUUAAACCGGAACCACUCUGCGGGCCUGUGUCUCAUUUUU